GUACUCUCUCUCUCUCUCUCUCUCUCUCUUUCUAUUUCUCUAGAUUGUGCUAUCAGAAGUGGGUUUCUGCCAUAAAAAGUCUACCUUUUUAUUGCAUUUGUGAAAAAAACUGACUUUAUGGCUAUGCUUUAGCCAUCCUGUGAUUAUCUUCUCUACACCUCACAUUAAACUCUUCCGAUCCUUUUUCAUGAACCAUAGCUUCUUUCCCUUUUAUUGCUGGUUUAUCUUCUCCUUGUCUUGAGGGUUCCCAAUGAUUUUUCUCUGUGAUUUUUGAUUUUUGGGUGUGGGUAUUUCUUGCCUUUUUGAAACUUCCACAGUAAAAGGACUCUUUGGGUUGCUCUCUGAGUAGUGUUCUUGCACGAAGGGGAGGUCUCCGAGUGGUUUCGAUUUUCGAAGAAGCAAUGGAGAGAGCUGAAGUCCUUAACAAUGUUCCUUUUGUGCAGAGGAUAUCACCUGUCCUAGUUCUGGAAAGGUAUGGAGUAUUGAGGAUUAUACUUUCUGUAUUAUGGAACUUGAUCCAUCUCAUAGUCUCUGUUAUUCAUUUUGCCAUCCGAAUGGCGAACAAGCUACAACACUAUGUUAUCUUAACUGGACUGCUGAAGAAGUACAAAUCUAUAGAUUUGCGGAAACUGCAGCACAUGGCAAUUGUGAUAGAAAGUGAAGAAGCAACCCAAUUAACAAAAGUUUACCGCCUGCUCUAUUGGUUAUCAUACAUUGGUGUGCACCAUGUUACUCUUUAUGAUAUGGAUGGAGUAUUGAAGGAGUCUAAGAAAUUCCUUUCACAGAACUUGCGCGAUCUAAGUAUAAAGGCAUGGCAGGAGGCAGAAAAGGCAGCUGCGUUUUUGGAUAAGAAGGUCAUGACUUUGGAAAUCCUGUCCUUCUCUGACUCAAAGGAAGCAGUCGCCAAAGCAGGAAAUUAUUUGUUGUCUACCUAUCCAGAAAAUUCUGGUUCAGGUGGACAGAAAAUUGAGAUGAGCAUAACUGAGGAUGACUUGGGCAAGGCUUUGUGUGCUGCUGGAUUUGGAGGACCAGAGCCUGAUCUUCUCUUUGUCUUUGGACCUGCUCGAUGCCAUUUAGGCUUCCCCGCUUGGAGAUUGAGAUACACAGAGAUUGUACACAUGGGGAGGUUAAAAUCUUUGAAGUAUGGAGCAGUCGUGAAAGCCAUUCUUGAUUACUCAGUGAAGAACCAGAAUUAUGGUACAUAGUAGCUUUCCGACCUGCUCACCAGUUCAUUUGAGCAUAAAGCUAUCAGGGUAUCAGCUACAUCAUCACUAUAUUGUCUCCACGAAACCAAAUACAAUAUAUAUUUAGUAGUAGGUGAAUGAAUUUCUAGAGUUAAUGUUCAGCUUUAUAAACUAAUGCUUGAUGAAGUCCAAGACCCGCUCUUUCCAUUUUCGGUGUUUAUGCCAUUCGUUUAGUCCUUGGAUGUAAAGAGAGUUGAGUUUCUUGCAUGUAGAAAGUGAGGUUUCUAGAUCGAUGCUAUUAUUGCAUGGAGAUUACUUGGCUAUUUUCAAUGGGCAUUUUCUUCACAAUCA